UUCUUCUCGGUCUUUGACUUGCGUUUUUUACACACUAGACAAAUUGGAGGGCAGGUGAGGAAGAGGAAGCAUCAUCCACCGGUCAAGAAGGAAGAAUCGGUGGAUGAUCACGUUACGAUAAAGUUGAGCUAAAAAUUUAGAUGAAGAGAGUUCUUCUUGUUCUUGGUCUAUAAAUUGAGCCAAGACAAAGCUUAACUGCCGGAACCAUCCAUUGUUGUUUAUCGGUUGUUACCGUUUUAUUAUAGUAUAAUCAUUCGGAUUUCAGAUUAGGUUUUUAAAAAAUUAAUCUCAUGGGAACAAAAAGCCAAACCGUUUGUGUGACUGGUGCUUCUGGGUUCAUCGGCUCAUGGCUGAUCAUGAGACUCCUCGAGCGUGGCUAUACGGUUCGAGCCACUGUGCGAGACCCUGAUAAUGUGAAAAAAGUUCAACAUUUGUUAGAGUUGCCUAAGGCUAAGACCCACUUGAGCUUGUGGAAAGCUGACCUCUCUAUAGAGGGAAGUUUUGAUGAGGCCAUUCAAGGGUGCUCUGGUGUUUUCCAUGUUGCUACACCCAUGGAUUUCGAGUCCAAGGACCCUGAGAAUGAAGUUAUAAAACCAACGAUCAAUGGGGUUUUGGACAUCAUGAAGGCAUGUGCAAAGGCAAAAACUGUUCGAAGGAUAGUAUUCACUUCAUCUGCAGGAACUGUGGACGUUGAGGAGCACAGAAAACAAGUGUAUGACGAAAAUUGCUGGAGUGAUUUGGAAUUCGUUCAAGCAACAAAGAUGACUGGAUGGAUGUAUUUCGUCUCAAAGACCCUGGCAGAGAAAGCUGCAUGGAAGUUCGCUGAAGAGAACAACCUUGAUUUUAUCAGUAUUAUCCCAACUCUAGUUGUUGGCCCAUUUAUAAUGCCAUCAAUGCCGCCUAGCCUUAUAACUGCACUUUCGCUUAUCACUGGAAAUGAAGCCCAUUAUUCGAUUAUAAAACAAGGCCAUUACGUACACUUGGAUGAUCUCUGCAUUUCUCACAUUUUUCUGUUUGAGCAUCCAAAAGCUGAGGGGAGGUACAUCUGCAACUCGCACGAUGCCACCAUUCAUGAGCUUGCAGAAUUGCUUAGACAAAAAUACCCAGAGUAUAAUAUUCCUAUCAAGCUUAAAGGCAUGGAGGAGGAUAUAAAGACUCCCAUUUUCUCUUCCAAGAAGCUUACAGACCUGGGUUUUCAGUUCCAGUACAGCUUGGAAGAUAUGUUCGUAGGAGCUGUGGAAACCUGCCGAGCAAAGGGAUUGCUUCCUCCUGCUGAUGAGCCUUCUGUUGCUGUCUCUAAUGGUAAAGAUUUAGAAGAGAAGGUUGAAGGGAAGGAAAUGAUUACUACUACUGAGGUUCCUGUGCCUAACUAGAUUUGUCUCAAUGAAACAGAGAGAAGAGUCGAUUUGCAUCAAUUGGAAAACUAGAAUUAUGUGCACGGGUGUACUUACAUAAAUAAGAUUGUAAAAGAGUGUUGCAUUGUUAUUCAAUAUCUAUAUAAUGUAAUGCUAAUAAUACCUUGGUCUCUCGCGAUUAUUCUAUUUUA